AAUAAAUGAAAACAUUGCGUCUUUGGCAACACUGAAUGUAUAUUGUUUGUGCUGGGACUUGUCAAUUUGUUGCUGUCAAAUAAUUGUCUGUUUUAAAGCUUUUAGGAAAAAUGAACCGACAGAUCAUCCACUACAAAAUCAUCUUCACUGGUCCUGAGAAUGAAACAGAAAUUCGAUAUUUAGCGAUGGAGACGAUUUCAUAUCAUAAUUAUAUCUAUUUCGUCCGUAAAUUAAUUGCUGUUUUUCCUGUUUUAAAAGAUCUUCCUUUUUCAGUCAAUUGGAAAGAUAAAGAAGGUGAUAUUGUAAGGAUAUGUUCUGAUGAUGAACUAACUAUUGCUUUGGAUGAAAUGAAGUGUGAUCCAGUGAAGAAGAUUAUUAUUAUUGUAAAGCAACAAGGAAAUGAUACAAUGUUGCAUCCUGAUAUAGCUUGUGAUAGUUGUGAUCAUCCUUUAAAAGGCUUUAGGUAUAAAUGCCUUGUUUGUGCUGAUUAUGAACUAUGUUCUGAUUGUGAAAGAUCUCAAACUCACUCAGAUCAUCCUAUGAUAAGAAUUCCUAAGCCUUUGACUCCUGACACACCUUUUGGGAAGCAGUUUACUAAAGAUAUACCCAAAAUAUCACAACAGUUAGAGCAGUUAUUUCAAACUGGAGACGAAGUCAGUCGAUCCAGUAACCUGAAAAGUUCUACUGACUGUAAACGACGAUAUAAAUUUUGUCACAAUGAUUUUCACAAUGUACUCGCUAAUUUGCUGGUAGAAAAACUCAUUAGGCACAAUAUUGAAACAUCUACCACUCAACCAAAAUCUCAGCAAGAAACCCAUUCCUCUCAACCUGAAUCUUCAUCAUCCGUUUAUACACAAGUUAGAAAUGAGCCACAGAAUGUUGAUGUUUUGAUGAGUGGAUUAAGAUCACUAAGUAUUGAUGUUAAUUCAGGAGGUACUAAAAGGGAAGGUCUUACUGAACAAGAUGAAUCAGUCCAUUCUACAAGUGGAGGACACAGGCUAGUAACUUCUUCAAGCCCAUUUACUGCCAAUAUGUUUCUCACAACAACUGUACAAGCAGCUACUAGUUCAGAACUUCCAGUUGGAUCAAAUCCUUUAAAUCCAUUCAUAUCCCAAAUAGAUGCAGCCCCUAUUCCUGCUGAUCCUACUCCUGUCCUUCAAGCCCAGCUUACUCCUCCUGUCAGUGCUAUUCUUAUGCCAACUGCUUCAACUUCCAUUCCUGUUUCAACAUCUUCAAUUGCUUUAAACAAUACUGUUGCUCCUCCUAGUGCACCUACUGCUAUCACUCCUGUUCCACUACCCAGACUUAUUGCUUCUGCCCCUGCUGAAGAUUCAAUGAAUAAUACUUCUCUUGACCAUUCUACCAACAUACCUGUUUGUCUUACCACACCUCCAAUUGAAGAAGAUGGUUCUUUGGAUAACUCCUGGUCGGUUGUCGGGAAUGAGCAAACAGAUAUUUCAGUAACCAGCUCUGACUCCAUUGAUAUAAUAGAAUCUUUUGAAGCGUCACCAGCAUCAACCUCUCAACCAACAGAUUCAUCGCCUACUCAGAAAUUGGGUCCUUAUGAAGAAUCAAUCAUGAUGCUGCACACAUUAGGAUUUGAAAAGAAAGAAUGGCUGAAUCUAGUCGUAGAAGCCAAAGAGGGUGAUAUUAGAGAAGUUCUAAGAUUUCUCUCACCUGUCAAAAAACUUUCCACUAAUCUUCAUAAGUAACUUAUCUUCUUCUUCUUAGUACUUGGAUGUUGGUUUUCUUUAAAGGAGCCAUUUUAAAUAAUAUAUAUCCAUCUUAUUAUAUCCUUUACAUUUAAAUCCUUUUAAAAGGUGGGCAGCUUUUAGUUAAUCAAUUAAAUUUGAUUAUUUGUAGUUUCAUAAUGUUUUGAUGUGAUUAAAAUAAUGCCUUAAGGAAAAAAAUUCCUUUUAUUUGUAUUUUAUGAAACUGGGUUUCAGAUAAAACUAAAUAUCUAUAGUUUUAUCUGUGUUCUUAUUUUUUGAGCUUCUAGUUAUGAUUGUCUAAAUUAGAUGUGAUAAAAAUCUAACUUUGUUUUUCCCCACUAGAGAAGAAUUAGUUCAUACAGCAUAUAAGAUUCUGUACAUGUUAUCCAUUGUCUUCAUUUAAACAGAGAGUAAAACUCUUGAGUUAUUUUUCCCUAAUUUUUUAAAAAUUAUUCUUUCUUUUAAAAUGCUAUUUUUGUUGCCUAGCUGUUUUUUUU